UGCAUCGAAUACGGGGGGCUCCAUAUUUUCUUGAAAUUCACGCCCUGCUUUACUGAAGAGUUUUAGUUCGAAUACGUAACAAAUUGACCCCAUUUCAGAAAAACGUUUAAAGACGUAGAAAUAGGUGAAAGCUGUUUAGCGUUAACCAAACGGCACAACUAUGCAGCCAACAUCGAAACUGUCUCCCAGAGAAGAGGUAUCAUACGAUCAUGAUGAUGUAAAAUACACAAUCACAAAUACAAGCAAAGAGUUGAUGUAAGAGAAGAGAGAGAUGGAUCAAAUCUGGGUUUCAUCGUCUUACGACUUCUGGCAUCAGAACCUUUAUGGAGGAUAUGCAACUCUCAUCGCUUCACUCAUCAUCCUCUUUUACCAUCUUUUUAAAUACUCUUUUCUCUAUUCCCCUUCUCGCUUUAGAGUUAAAUCACGCAAUAUUUCUUCUUCUCCUAAUUCUCCUUCUUCUUCUCCUUUUUCUUCUAUUAAUGUGGCUUCUCAGUCAAGUAUAUCGGAGAUCGUAUCAGAUGCAGAUUUAAAGUUCUUAAUGGAAAAUUUGGAGGAGAAGUUCAAUCAAAAUGAGAAAUGGGAAAAUGUAAUCGACAAAAGAAACAAUCUUGUGUCCUACAAUGCCAGAUGCUGCAGACCAAAGGAUGCUCCUCUGAAAUACUUGAGCGUCACAGUAUUUGAAAAUUGCUCCCCUGAGGUUCUAAGGGACUUUUACAUGGACAAUGAUUACAGAAUGCAGUGGGACAGGACUGUAGUUGACCAUAAGCAACUGCAGGUGGAUAGAACCAAUGGAACUGAAAUUGGUCGCACAAUAAAGAAAUUUCCACUCAUGACACCAAGGGAAUACAUAUUGGCUUGGAGAAUAUGGAAAGGAAGUGAUGAAACUUUCUACUGUUUUGUCAAGGAAUGUGAACAUCCUUUGGCACCGCCACAGAGGAAGUAUGUCCGUGUGACAUAUUUUAGAUCUGGAUGGCGUAUACAAAAAGUGCCUGGUAGAAAUGCUUGUGAGAUCAAAAUGUUUCACCAAGAAGAUGCUGGUUUAAAUGUGGAGAUGGCAAAGCUGGCUUUUGCAAAGGGAAUAUGGAGUUUUGUGUGUAAAAUGGAUAAUGCCUUACGCAAAUACACCAUGAACAGUCAUCCUCAGACAACUCCUGUUUCAGCUGUCAGUCUGAUUCAAAAGGUUCCGGUUGGAUUAGAGGCAACGAGUUCUCCACAAUGUCAAGAGGCAGUUCCCGUCCCUGGUUACACUGGUGAAGCCAAAGAGAAGAAACUAUCUAGAAGGCCGUCGAAGAAACUGGUAGCUAAAGGUUUGCUGCUUCUUGGGGGUGCUAUUUGCCUGUCUCGUGGUCAUGCUACCUUGGGUGCUAAAGUUGCCAUGGCUUAUAUCUUGACAAAGCUGCAUAAGCGUGGCGCAUCAUCAAGCCAAAGUGGUCAAGGUUGAACUUGAGCUAAACAACUUAGUUAUAUCACCACAACCAAAUUUAUUGGUUUUUGUUACGACUUGCUUCCUACCUAACGUUUAUUAGCUGCAACACAUGGCGUCUGACUUGGGAAGACUUAAAACUACAUAUUUGUAUCCGUUUAUCUUGUUCUUCCUUUUGGUGUAAAUAUAUUGAAAAUAAUUAUAAUUUUUCCAUAAUUAUUGAGAA